AUGUCCGCCCUCCCAGGCCACAUCAACACCCUCACCCCCUCCGAAACCCUCCUCCUCCAACAAACCUGGAUCCACCUCCUCCGCCUCUGCGGCAUCAACAACGGCCCCACCACCACCACAGCAACCACCACCUUCUCCUCCAUCCCCAACCGCACCCGCGACCUGCAAGAGCACCACCUCCCCAGCGCAGCCGGGUCCGACCCCUCGGCCGACGGCGUCCGUCGCGCGCUAUGGGGUCUGAUCCAAGCUGACCACCCGGACGUGGCCGUGCUAAGGUUUUUGCGCGCCCGGAAAUGGGAUGUGGACCGCGCGACGAAUAUGUUGGUCGAUGCGCUCGGGUGGAGGCAGCAGCAGCGCGUGGAGGAGGAUGUGGUACGCGAGGGGGAUGGGUUUGCUGCUGUUCAGACGGAGGAACAGAAACAGUUUCUGGCGCAGUAUCAGUCAGGGAAAUGUUAUGUGCGUGGGACGGAUCGGGAAGGGAGAGUGGUGUUUGUGGUGAGGGUCAAGUUGCAUGAUCCGAAGAAGCAGACGACGGAGGCGAUGGAGCGGUUUGUGUUGCAUACGAUUGAGACGAUCAGGGUUAUGAUUGGGGGCUCGCAGGCUGAGCGGGCGUGUUUGGUGUUUGACCUGAGUGGGUUUGGGUUGCGGAACAUGGACUUUCAUGUUGUGCGGUUUUUGGCGCAGGUGUUUGAGGCACGGUAUCCGGAGUAUUUGGGGGUGGUGCUGAUUCACAAUGCGCCGUUUGUGUUUUACGGCGCCUGGAGCAUCAUCAAGCCCUGGCUCGACCCCGUCAUCGCGUCCAAAAUCAACUUCACCAGCGGGACCACCGGCCUAACCGCUUACAUCGCGCCCGAGAUCCUGCAGUCUCACUCCGGGGGUAAAGACACCUGGGAGUACAGCUACGUUCCGCCGACCGCGGGCGAGAAUAAGGUGAUGCGGUCGGCCGAGAAGAAGGAGCUGUUCGAAGCCGAGCGCCGGGACCUGAUCGGGCAGUUUGAGCAACUUACGCUCGAGUGGGUGGCCACCAAGCCUGGGUCGGCUGAGGCGACGGAGAAGCAGGAGGAAAGAAAGCGGUUGGCGGGCAGGUUGAGUGAGACCUUUUGGAGGCUUGAUCCGUUUGUGAGGGCGAGGACGUAUUAUCACCGUGUGGGUGUCAUUGGGCCAAAGGGAGACAUUGAUUACACUGCGGCGUCUUGA